AUGGGAAUUGAAAUACGGAUUCCUUGUUUGAAGGAUAAGAACUGGCCGCAUGUGAGAUGCUUUCUCCAAAACGUCUAUAAUUCAGGGGUUGCUGAGUCACUGAGUCAACUCUCCAAAUUGGAUACUAAAAUCAAGUUUCGUUACGUUUCAGAUGCUUUUUCUGGGACCUCUUUGCUUUUCGUUUCCCCAUCCCAACAUGCCAAACCCAGGCGCCAGGAGCACGAGUGGCACCGCGCGGGCUCCGCGCCCGAUCUACUGGGGCAGCCGCUCUUGGAGUCUGAGAAGGUCGAGCGGCGCUUGAAGUCCAGGAAUAACGAGUACAACCAAGUCUUGUUGGAAGCUCCAGUGUGGGUCCAGUGCUUUACGCUGUUUAUUUAUUGUUGUGCGCAAGCGCAUGCUCCGCAUGCGGGAAAGCAUGCUGCGCAUGUGAAAACUGAAUGCAUUUCAGAAGAGUCCAGUUGGACAGAAGGUCAGAGCACUUUGCCCGACAGUUGUGCACCGGUGAGCUUCGCAGAGUGGGAGAACCUCCCGGAGUGCACGCCUCUGUGCAACGCGGAUUUGCUGAGGGCCGGGCGGAAUCUCGUGAUGGAUCCGGCCUGUGAGAGUUGCAUCGCUGGCGAGGAGUGCAACUGCACGGUGAGCUGCGAGACCGGCUUCGAGAUCCAUGGUGGAGGUCCUCCGGGCCCCCGCAGUUGCAGCCUAGAGGAUCUCAGUUUGGGGCCUGCGCCCGUGUGCCGACAGCCGCAGGCCGGUGAGCCGGGGCACUUGCCCACCUGCCCCACGCCAGAAGUGGCCCAUGCAGCAGUGGAUUGCCAGUGCCACGAGUCACCGGAUGGGUGCACGUGCCCGAUCUUUCGCCUUCACACCCAUGGCAACAUCAAGGCAGAGGAAGCGCCCGAGGGUGACAAGCAGUGCACCAUCGAAGACCAGAUGCCACCGGCUGCCACCUGUAGCGACUUGAGCAAAGAGGAAGACUGCUUGGGGCACUCACAGGAGGGCGAGCCCUGCUGCUUCCGCGAGGAGGGCCUCUAUGCGAACUGCCACGACGGCGGGUGUGAGGCUAUUCCAAGCUCGGUCUGUGCGCCGCGAUCGGACCCGAAGAUGUUCUUCGUCCCGACGAGCUGCGCCAAGUCCUUGUUUUCCAAGUGGCAGGAGAUGCCCGACUGUCAGCCCCGCUGUGUGCCGAAGAACCUCGUGGGUGAUCAUCUGGACUUGAAGGACUGUGACAACUGCAUCGCGGGGCAAACAUGCGACUGCAAGGUGAAGUGCAUGGAUGGCUUUGAACGCGUCGGUGGCGGUUCCGAGGGCGACCGCAGCUGCACGGUCGACGCCUUGGACUUUGAGGAAGCGCCCGUGUGCCAGGAGAAGGAGGCCACGCCACAGUGCGAGGCUGUGUUCAGCACGGACAGCUUCACGGCAAGUCCGGACUGCGCGGCCUGCCGAGCCGACGAGCCCUGUGACUGCAAGGUCGAGUGCCAGAAGGGCUUCAAGAUCUUCACCGACGUACAGGAGGGGGAGAAGAAGUGCUACAAGGACCCUGACUACGCUCUGAAGAAAAGCACCGAAGCGUGCGCGGAAUUCCACAGUGAAGAAGAAUGCUUAGAAGGAGAAGCAGAUGGUGUGCCCUGCUGUUGGAGAGGUUCCCUCGAGCUUGACAGCACGGGAAAGCCUGUCGGUGCUGGCUGGGGUGGAAGGCUAUGUGCCAAGAAGGGCGACAGCAUGAUCAAGAGGCACACGCCGCCAGAUGCUUGCGCUGCCACCCAAGGAGCCAAGAUGGAUCCCCUUCCCGUUUGCAAGCAGCUCUGCGUGAAUCAGUUCGCCACGGCCCAAAAUGUGGUGGAGGAGAAUUGCGAUGAGUGCUUCGUGGGAGAGGAAUGUGGCUGCACUGUGAAGUGCGAGGAGGGCAUGAUUCAAAAGUCAGGUGAGAAAGGCUCAAAGAAGUGCGGUGAUGGUGAAGACAAGACCUCCUUCGGUGAGCCCUUGGUGUGCGAGCCCAAGAAGCCGCCAGAGGUGCCGCGCUGUCCGACUCCCAGGGAUGUCGCUUGGAAGGUGAGCGGCUGCAGGAACUGCAAGGCGGGUGACAAGAACUGCAAGUGCGACGUUCGCUGUGAAACAGGUUACAAACACACUGGAGGUGGUGAACCAGGAUCGAAGGAGUGCGUCUCGAAGAUCUAUGAGUGUGCACCCAGUUUGACUUGGAAAGACGGGCAAUGCUUAGCUGGUGGCAAGCCGGAGUAUACCUUUUGCUGCCACGAAGCCAUCGAGGGCACCGUGGAGCUAGAUGCUUCGAGCGACUGCGCCAGUUUGACGAAAGAGAGGUUGUGCUUGGGUGGGAAGGAUCUGACCACGCAAGAGGCUUGCUGUUGGAGAGCUGAAGGCUUUACAGAUGGGAAGAAGUGCGCCGCCCGUGGCUCCGCCGUGAUUACAAACGACCACCGCGUCCAAGCCUGCGCCGAUCGACCGAAGAUCCUCUGGGGCCUCUACGAGGACCUUCCAAUGUGUCAGGAGAAGUGCAAGAACCCCUACCAGGCAACCUACAAACAGAUGAUCUACGGGGGCUUCGGCUUGAAGGUCACCGGCUGCGACGACUGCGUGCCUGGCGAGAAGGACUGCAACUGCAAGGUGAACUGCAAGCAAGGCUAUGUCCAUGUCGGUGGAGGAAAGGAAGACAAGGAUGGCAUGCGCAUGUGUGAUGCCAAGACCAAGAGCUUUCCACUGGCCCCCACCUGCAUGAAGAAGCCUUCGCCACCGCAGUGCAGUGAUCCCAGUGAGGAGGAUACCCUGAAAGUGAAGGGCUGUAGAUUUUGUACUCCCGGAGAGAAGUGUGACUGCAAGAUCGAAUGCCCCUACGGUUCGGGCCACAACUCGGGCUCCACCGGCAACAAGGAGUGCACUGCGGUCCCCGCGACGCUCACAGAGGCAACCUGUAGUGAGAUCAAAAGCAAGCACAGCUGCCUCAGCAGCGCGGAGUCGAAGAUGCCCUGCUGCUAUCGCCAGGCCGGCUUCGGAAAUCCUCUUCACGUUUGUGCGAAACAGGGUUCGGAGGACAUCCAAGACGCACCUGACAAGUGUGCUCGCCUGGAGGUCGCCAUCUUCCCGGAUCUGCCCAACUGCGUGCCCAUUUGCUUAAAGAGCUUCCACUUGCAAGGGAGGAGCUACAAGACGGAAAAUUGCGAACGUUGCCUGGCCGAUACACCUUGUGAUUGCAAGAUGACCUGUCGGGACAAUUACGAGUACGUGGGUGGAGAGCAGGGAUGCCCAGUAAGAAAUCGCGUGGCCGCGAAAGAAGGUUCCAGGGGCUGCACGGUCUCCAACACCUACCUGCCGCCACCCCCGGUUUGUCACAAGAAGGACGUGCCCAAGUGCACAGAACCGGACAAGGACUCCCUGCAGAAAGUGCGCCUCAGCAACUGCGGGAGCUGUAUUGCUGGCUCCACCGACUGCAGGUGUACGGCCACGUGUUUGCCGGAGCACAUUCUGAUGCCUGGAUCGGAGGUCAAAGAGGGCCUCAAGAGGUGCCUGGCUGUGGAUGCCACCUCGGGUGCGAUGCCUUGUGAAGAGAUCACAAGUGGCAAGAACUGCGCCAAAAAGUUGUACAAUGGAAAGCGAUGCUGCUGGGAGAGAGGGAUGAUGGGCUACGGAAAUUGCUACACUCAGGGUAGCUCAAAGAUGUCCAAAUGGGGCGACACGGACAAGCCCAAGUGUGCACCGCUACAAGUGGGGCGCUAUGAGGACUUCCCUACCUGUGUGCCCACAUGCAAGAAAAAGUUCCACGAAUAUCCUGGGCUGGACUAUGACAAGAAGGUGUGCGAUGUUUGCACACCAAAGAGAUAUCCUGGCCAGGAGGCCUGUCAGUGCAGCGUGAAAUGCGCCGAAGGCUUUCGCCCAGUGGGCGGCCCACCCGAGGGGCCGAGGUCGUGUGACCCCAACGACAAGCACGGCGGCGGCGCAAGCAUCAGCGGUGGUGCAUUUUUGUCACCACCUGCCUGCAUCAAGAAGUUAGAUCCACCUCGUUGUUCCAGGCCAGAGAUGCCAGGAAUGAAAGCCGGGAGAGCCGAGCGAGUUCGGGGUGACAGGUGA